AUGCACAUGGAUGGAAGACUUUCGCUGCUGGUGUCUUCGGCCUCCCUGCAAGUGCUGAAGGCCAGGACACUCAAUGCAUGUGGCAUGGGGGUCUUCUGCGGAAUCCUCCACGCCGUCGGUCCAGAUCACAUAGCCACCCUGGUCUCGUUCAGCACACUUCUGACGCCCUGGGCUGCUGCAAAAGUGGGAGCCGCUUGGGGAUUGGGCCACUGCGCUGGCAUUUUGGGAGUGGCACUCUUGGUGUACAUGCUUGGAAAUGUGAUCCCCAUGGAAAACUUGGAGAAGUACGGGGAUUACGUGAUCGGCGCUUCACUGAUACUGGUUGCUGCAUACUUCUUCUUGCAAGAGAGCCAACAUUUGGUCGCUGAUGCCGACGGCAACAUCGUGGUCGCUGGCUGCGGGUGCGCCCAUUCUCACCCAGCAACAGGUACCCAUGCCCACCACCAUGGCUGCUCUGACUCACAUCAUGCAGAAGACGACUGCACAGAGGAAACGCCACUGAUCAUCCAG